UGCGGAGCGAGGACACUUUGCUCAUACACCGCUCUGUCCGGAUCUGCUCCUCUUGUCUCUUCAAACCGCUCAAAUGUCGCUCAAAACUCUUGGAUCCUUCACUUUUUGGGACUUUUUCCACGUUUUUGCCACGUAAACACUUUCUAUUGUCACUGUCGGACACGGAUCGGACCAAACAACGUGACUUUACCCGGUUAGUCCUUCACAGCGUGAUGUCGUCUCGCCGGCGGUCGGAGCAGUGCCGGAUCUGUGGAGGGGUGCUCCAGGGGAACCAGAGGCGAUGGCUGUUCUCAGGAAACAAGAAGAACCAGAACCAGAGCCAGAGCCUCACUCCCUCUGGGUCUGUGCGAGGCCCGAGCCAGAGCCAGUCCAACUGCAGCAGCCCCUGGGGCAGCACGUUGUCCCUGGGCUCCUCUGUUUCUCUCCGAUCUCAGUUAUCCGCAAACAUCUCCAAAAGCUUUGACCUUCUCUCCAUCCUGACACACAUCCUGGGCUGCUCCGUCUCCCGUGGCAACAGCGAGUUUAUCUGCGGGAAGUGCGUCUCCGUCCUCGAGAGAGUUUUCAAAUACGACACUGUGAUCGCCCGAGUCCGCGCCCUCUCCUCGGAACGCCUCCAAAGACUCACUCAAGAACGGGACAAAAUCCGCCAAUGGGUUCGCAACAGUUACAUCGAGAAGAACCCGCACGAAAUUCCAAUACGCACGAGCAGCACGAGCGAAGAGGAGGGGGAGUCGGAGAAGGACGGAUACAGGGAGAUGCUUCGAGACAACAUGGCGCUUUCGGAGUAUGAAUUCUGGUCAGAAAAAUGGGAUACGUGCCCCUUUUUCAUCCGCUCUGGGAAAAGAUGUCGAAAGGGCAAAGGUUGCGAAGGCUGCAACGCAUUGAGAGUUUCAGAUUCGGAUUACGAGUCCGUUUGCGGCGUUCCCAGGAAUUUGCCAUUUUAUGCAUUUUCCCCGUUAGCGUUUUCCAGGGAUAAAUCGCAAAGUAUGCCCCUAAACUUGCAGAAAACCCCAUCUGUGACCUGCUCUAGUCCUGCAUCUCUGGCUGGGUCCACUGUCUCGCUACCGUCAAGAACCGAGUCCAUCCAAUCCCUGGACUCACUAGACGAUAAAGAUCCAUUUGUUUCACCGCAACAUGUCACUGUAAAGCUGCUGCUAAAGGAGAUAAGUGACAUCCAAGGGAACGCCGUCAAUUCUCCUGCUGGGAGUCGGAUACCCAUUUUGGAAAGAAGAGGAAGAGUAGGGAGAGGAUACAGUGGUGAACGGAAAAAAAUGGUGCUUAAUCGAGUUUUGGAUUUUGAAAACGGUGAGGAGGAGGAAGAAGAAGAUGCGAUAAUGGAGCUCGGAGAUGAGUUUGUACCACUGCAUGGACAGAACAGCGUAGGGCGCCCCCAUCAGGUGGUGAAGCUGCUCAGAGCUCAGCUGGACCAAGCCCGGACUCGGAUCAAGACUCUGGAAGACCAGGUCCAAAACCAAGUCCAAGACCAGGUCCAAGACGGGACUAAACCAGAGGCACUCAACGGCUCUACGGACUGGAAUACUUUGGAUGGUGACUUUGGAGUGCAAUCCCUGAACCUCUCCCUCCGCAGCAGAGAGCGCCUCCUGCAGGAGAGCAUGGCUGUGAUCCGGAGGCUGUGUCUGGAGGAGGGGAAAGGCCCGGAGCUCUCAGACAAACUCACCGAGAAACUGAGUGAGAGCUUGAAGGAAACAACCUCUCAGACCAGAGAUGCUCUGGCCCGACUGGAGCGUGAGGUGUUGGGGGAGAAGCAGAGACUGGAGCAGGAGCUGGAGAGUCUGAGGAAAUGCUCCACAGACCGAGAGAGAGACCUGGACACUCUGCAAAUAGUACUACAGGCAAACCAGGAACUUAUACAGGAGCUGCGUGUGUCUCUGGGGGAGAAGGAGCAGCAGCUGAAGGCGCUGUACUCGGAGAGGGAAGUGUCCGCACAGAGAGAGAGGGCCCUGAACGCAGCACUCGGCGACAAAGACUCACUACUACUCUGUCUGCAACAAGAACUGGACACCUGCCAUAAAGAUGUACAGGCCCUCUCAGACACGGUUCUGGCUGACCUUUCGUCCGGAGACAAAACUGGAGCUCUUGUUUCUCGUCUGAAAGAGAAGCAGGCUGAGCUGGCUGCAGUCAUAGAAGAGCGAGAGGAGAACAGUACCACCAUGUGUCAGGAGGUGACCAAACUGACCUCAGCUCUGCAGGAGUAUCAGAGCCUCGUGCAGUUGCAGCAGGAGAGCCACAGUCAGGUGCUGUCCUCUCUGACCAAUCAGCUGUCAAAAGUCCGCACUCAGCUGAGAGAGCGGGAGAAAGAGAGGAGGGAGAGGGCGAGAGAGUGGGGGAGAGAGAGGGAGGAGGACAUGCGACAGAAGAGCAGACUGAUGAAGAGUCUGGAGAAGAGGGAUCAGCUCAUAGAGCAAAUCCUCCAUGACGCAGAGGAGCAGGAGCGUCUGUUCAGAGAGCUGCGACAGAAUCUGCAAAACAAGUUUCACCUGACGACCGGCAUCAAACACACACUUUAAACUCAAGUAAACCAGACUAUCAAACACACACUUUAAACUCAAGUAAACCAGACUAUCAAACACACACUUUAAACUCAAGUAAACCAGACUAUCAAACACACACUUUAAACUCAAGUAAACCAGACUAUCAAACACACACUUAAACUCAAGUAAACCAGACUAUCAAACACACACUUAAACUCAAGUAAACCAGACUAUCAAACACACACUUAAACUAAACCAGACUAUCAGAUACACACUCGACAGCCUGGUUUGAAUUAGUUGAGUUUAAAAUAUGUAUUAGAUAAUCUGGUUUGGUUCAAAGUGAAACUAAAUUGGACGGUCAAAUCUCUUUAAGCUCAAUUAAACCAGACUAAACCAUCUUAAAUGAGACAAAGGGUUCAGGGUUCUGACUUGUGACCUGGUUCUGACCUGGUUCUGGUUUGAACCCAGUUUAGUCCUGAUGCAGACUUGGUUUAGUCCUCCUUUGGUCCUGGUUUAGUCCUGGUCUAGUCUAGGUGAAGUUUAGUUCUGUUUUUUUGCCCUGGUUUAGUGUCAGUAAGUGUAAACGCACCCUAAACUGUACUGGACUAGACUAGACUAAACAAUGCUAGACCAAAUUGCACUAGUUCAUAGAAAAUGUAUAACGGACAAUAUAUAAAAUGUUAUGAAUUUGACCAAAGACACUGUCAUUCUUCCCUCUUUUUUUAAAUAUUUACUUGAAUCGGUUAAGGUUAACUGAAACAUAAUUAAAUAUCGUUAUGACUAUAUUUUAUUUUAAUUGCCAAAUGAAAUAACCAAACACACAUAUUGAAGCACAGGAUUGGGCAGUGUGGUUUAAGUGUCUUGCUAAGUGACACAAAGUAAGUAUGCAGUUGAGCAACAUUCAGACCAGUGACCCUGUGGUACGUAGGCAUAUGCUUAACCCACUGUGCCAACCAAUAUUUUGUACAUUUCUGAUGACGCUGCUUACCAAAUAGCACUAAUUGCAGUAUUGGGGCCAAAUAAAAAGCUAUACCAAACAUUUGUACUAUAAAAAUCACACGUAAAACUGACGUAAACUUCCAUUUAUUCCAUUCUAUUUUUGUCUUGUGUAAAGUUGUGAUAUUUUUUUUAAAUGUUGGGAGAAAAGCUUGUGUUUUGGGUAUAAUGAAAAUGCACGGUACAACACUGGUUUAGCUAGAGAUUAUUAUUUAGAGUAAUAUAUUUUAGAACCAAUUUUGAGUUUUAUGAGAUUUAAAGUAUUUUUAAUUUAAAUAAGCAAUAAUUUGAAUAUAUCUACGGUAUGACUCGGCUGGUGUAUUGGUGUAUUUAUGUUAGAGCUACUCAAACAUUGAAUAUUUUGUGUUUUUUAAAACUACUGCAACCACCUAAAAAGCUUUUAACAGGGGGUAUUACGUAAAAUUGACUUUUUUGGAGCUUUCUACCGUGUUUAUAAUGUUGUUCCCUCAUCCAAAACAUACAUCAAGAGGUUUUAGAUGUCACCCGAGCGAACGCUUACAGUUAGUUGUACAAUUCUGUGCAACGCUCCGCCCACAAUUCUACGUCACCCAUGCUCCCGCACGACAGUUCUCCAUAAGUAUACAAAAACAUGAUACAAAACUGCUCUGAAGGGGGAGUGAAUAUACCAUUUUUAAUACAAUAAAAGGUAACGUUGUGAUCUAAAUAUGUUACUUGUUACAGUUAAUACCCCAUAGAAGUAAAAUACCCCCUCUUUAACUGACUGUUCUGAGUUUGUAUGUAACGUUACGGUACCGAUUUGAAUGUUAUUUCUUUUAUUUUCCAUGUGUCUUCUGGUCACUGCCUGAUAAUAGAGCUGCCAAUUUUUGUUUACACUUUUGGUCCCCUCUUGUCGUGUUUUUGGAUUUUUGGAUCUAGUUGUAUUUUUUUCCUUGUAAGUUCAGAGCGUUUCUUGCUUUGCCUCAAGAGGAAUAAAAACUCUGAUUUAAA